AGAGGGCGGAUUUAGUAACUGCUCUUAAUUUAUUCAACCAAUCAGGUUGGGCCGUGGCGUUUGACAUAUGCCACCCGGAGGUCAAUAUUUUUUUUGAAAUCAAUAAACAAAAUAUCAAAUAAAAACACAAUUAAUUUAAAGCUGAAGUAAUUAUGGAUUUUAACUUUAAAAAUAUUGUAAAGGAUGCAGGGACUGCUAUAAGUAGAGUUGUACAGUUUACCGAAGAAAAAUUGGGCAAAGCUGAGAAAACAGAGCUGGAUGCCCACUUUGAGAACUUAUGGGAGAGGGCGGAAAACACCCGGAAAUUUACUGAGAAAAUUGUGAAAAAUGCCGAAGCAGUUUUAGUGCCAAAUCCAGGAAACCGGAUCGAGGAUUAUGUGUUUGAGAAAAUCGAGAGGCAGAAACCUUCUCGACUCAGUAAUUUGGAAUAUUUAGGUCAAGAUAUGGUUGAGGCUGGUACCUGUCUAGGACCAGGGACCCCCUAUGGAAGUGCCCUAAUUAAAGUGGGCCAGUGGGAACAAAAACUGGGACAAACCGAGAGGGAUUUUAUCGGUUCAGCAGGGAUGUGCUUCACGCAACCUUUAAGGAAAUUCUUGGACACCGAGAUGAAAACGAUUGUUAAGGAGCAAGGUGUCUUAGAAAUGAAACGACUCGAUUUGGACGCUUGUAAAAAUAAGGUGCGGAAGGCCAGAGGGAUGUUGGGUCAGCAAACCGGAAAGGACGAUAUGCCGCCAGAAAUACUUUUAGAACAGGCCGAAAGGGAUUUAAGAAUCGCCCAAUCGGAGUUCGACCGACAAACCGAAAUAACGAAACUCUUGUUGGAAGGCAUCGGUUCGUCCCAGGCCGUCCACCUGAGAUGUUUAUACGAAUUCGUCGAGACUCAGGCGAGGUUUUACUCGCAGUGCACCACCGUCAUGACCGACUUACAAAGGGAAUUAGCCAGCUUAGCCAGUAGUAGUGGUCCACACUCCCCAACACAUACACUUAGCGAUGAUUCCACUUCUGUGCAAACUGAGAAAAACACUAAAAGGGCAAAAGUCUUGUACGACUAUACGGGAAAAGAUUCUACAGAAUUGAGUGUUAAAAUUAAUGACGUAAUAUCGAUCACUGAAAUAUCGGACGACGAUUACGUAAUGGGUUUUAAAGGAAACAGCAGUGGAAAAGUUCCUAAGGUUUUCCUGGAGUUUCUCACGUAAACCACCCGACUGCCAGAUGUGUGCAUUUUUAUUGUGUAAACACCAAAUUGUAAUGCAAUAAUCAAAAAAUUAAAAGCGCUUUGGCACCGUUAUCUUUCUCUUUAUAAUAUAGUUAUGUAAAAGUUAAAUAAAUUAUGCGUUUUAAAGUCAAUAUUAUGUGCAAUUAAGGCAUGUUUAGUCAAUUUCUAAAUGUUAUUAAAUUCACGUUUGUAACUGUUACGAAAUGUUGCCUUUUUUACAAAAGGGAAGUUUGACGAAUAUUGUAUAUUUACUGUUUAUAAAAUAUUAGUAUAUAGAUUUAGUAUGGUAAUAUAAAGUUUUAUUGUGUUUUGUCAA